AUGGCGGUCAACGAAGCAGCGGUCCCGUUCAUUCAUGCGGCGCGCGACAACGGGCUGUUGCUCGGUGGCAGAGAGUUGCCAGCGAUGAUCGAUCACACCAGUGAGCACAGCAAGACUUAUCAUGUGCACGGCUCCACCUUUGAGGUGGCACCUCACUUUGAGGUGCUGAACGGGAUCGGAUAUGGCGCGUACGGCGUAGUGUGUGCUGCAGUGGACCUGCGCCUCGUCCCAUCCAGUGUCUACUACAACGAGGCGAUGCGCACCAUCGAGGAAGAAGGUCGCAUAGUCACGCGGCGAAGUCGCGGCCACGACGCGCCUGUGUACUUCCGCACGCGUGCUGUGCUGGACGAAGCCGGGCGAGGUGGACCAGUGCGAGUUCCGCACUUGUACUCGGAGCCGUUCAAGCGCCGUACGCUGGCGCGUGGGGAGGUGUCCCCGUUCGUCGCAAUCAAGAAGAUGACGAAGGUGUUCGAUGAUCUCGUGGAUGGGCGCCGCAUCUUGAGAGAGAUCAAGUUGCUGAGGUACCUGCAAGGGCAUCCGAACAUUGUGCGGUUGAUGGAGGUUGGACGUCCCCACGUCUCCACCGGUGCCUUGUCGUCCGCCGCAUUCGAUGAUAUCUAUAUAGUGACCGACCUCAUGGACACAGACCUAGCGGCUCUGCUGAAGUCCUCGCAGGAGAUCCAGAUGGACCAGUUCCGCUUUAUCGCCUAUCAGCUUAUCAAGGUGCUGGUGUACCUGCACAGCAGCGGCGUCAUCCACCGUGACCUGAAGCCGGGUAACAUCCUUCUUAACGGCAACUGCGACAUGAAACUCUGCGACUUUGGCCUCUCCCGCGGCGGCGUUCCUGCUUGGCCGCAUGAGAACACUCUCACGGCAGUCGCGACCGCAGCCAAGUCGAACGCCAACGAACUUGAGGAUUGGGGUCUAUUCUGCUGGUCAUCUUCCGCAGUCCGUGGGGCAUCAUCCUCCCCUCACGCCGCCAGCCAACCCCCGCUCUACAGCCUCACCGACUACGUUGUCACGCGCUACUACCGAGCACCCGAGCUGCUCAUCAUGGGCCGCUACAACCACGCAAUCGACAUGUGGUCUGCCGGCUGCAUCCUGGCCGAGAUGGUGCUGCGCCGCCCAUUGUUCGCCGGUGCCAACUACCUCUCCCAGCUGGCGUUGAUUCUAGAGACGCCGGGGUUGCGUGGCGUCCCGCAGACGCCGGAGCAAGUUGCCGCGCUCUUCGAGGGUGGCGAAGAAGGCAAGCACUUUAUCAAUGACAUCCUUUUUCACAAAACUGCACGAGGGCGGGAGUCGCUAAUGCUGACCAACCAGGUCCACUCCCAGGCCCUCUUCCACAGUACCCUCUUCGCCUUCAAUGUUGACAUUCCUAUGAGUCUCGGCAUAUUGAUUGCCAAUCUGCUCUCCUUCGAUCCCCGCAAGCGACCCACCGCCGUGGAGGCGCUGCGCGAUCCGUUUUUCCGGCCGCUGUAUGACAACAGAGAUGAAAUUCUUCGCUGCCCUGCAUCCGACCCAAGCGUUGCACGAGAGGAAAUCGAUGACAUCGCCGCCUACCAGAAGGCACACCCGUGUGUCGUGGUGGAUGAGAGCCCUGUGUUCACGUGGGAGUUCGACCACCGCAUCACGAGUGCGCAGGCGUUGCGCAGCCUCUUCGAGGAGGAGUGCCAGAUCUCGCGCGAUGUGCAGCAGCAGAUCGAAAAACAGAAGCGUCCGCGUGCUUCUACUGUAGUGUAG